ACACCUUAAAACGUACUGGUAACGUCACAACCGUACCGGGUGGUAACGAGGACCCUACAAACCAGAACAUAUAGGAUGUGUAAUAUUGCGCUUAUAUAAGAAUCUGGGAGCAGCAUUUCAUCAUGGGGAAGCGGUAUUAUUGUGACUAUUGCGACAGGUCCUUUCAGGACAACAUGCACAAUAGAAAAAAACACUUGAAUGGAGUUCAGCACCACAGAUCAAAAAAAGCGUGGUUCGACCAUUUCAGAGACACUGCAGCCCUUCUGUAUGAUGAACAAGCUAAGAAGCCUUGCCGGAAGUUUCUCCAGACAGGGAACUGUGGCUUUGGCCCCAGCUGCCGGUUCUCUCACAUGUCAGAGAGGGAUAUGGAGAACCUGAAAAGACACAUCGAAGAGGAAAGACAUCACAGGGAAUCCCCCGGAGACAGAUCGCUCCCUGAGCGCAGCGUAGAGGACUGGCUCACCAGGAGGGAGAAGAAGAGAGCUGCCCUGAGCAGCGGAGGGGUUUUGAAAGAGGAGGAGGAGGAGGACCACGAAGAGGGUCAAGCUGCGGAUGACAUCCCCACACAGUUUCUCUCCAUCCCUGACCUGCCUCCUUCCCUCCACCCCCCUCCCCGUGGUGGGUGGAAAGUCCAUCUGAACAGUGAGUGGGGUUAAUGACGGGUCAUUGUCUGGGCCUUACUGUCCCGAGGCAGUAUGUCAUCCACAUUAGAACUCAAGUUGCCAGUCACUGGAGUCUGCAAACUUUUACGUGGAUUGGGAACAUCUCUUUGUGUUGUUUAAUGUUGAUCAUUUUGUAAUAAAUUUACGUUUUUUUACUCA